AUGCGUGCGGAGGCGUCUCCGCCGGAGGCCGCUGCGUUUGAAUCAUAUUUAUUGGUGAUUCUUUCCGCCCUGCUCUGUGCCCUCAUAUCGGUGGUGGUGAUCGUCGCCGUCGUCCGAUGCACGUGGCUCCUGCGUGGCACCGGCGCCGGAAGCUCUUAUCGGCAAGCUCUGGCGAACAAGGGCUUGAAGAAGAAGGUGCUCCAGUCGCUUCCCAAGUUCGCCUACGUCGACAGCGACCCGAGCAAGUGGGUGGCUACGCCUGAAUGCGCGAUUUGCCUGGAGGAGUUUACCGCCGGCGACGACAUUCGGGUGCUGCCGCAUUGCCGGCACGGUUUCCACGUGGGAUGCAUAGACGCGUGGCUCGAGUCUCACUCGUCGUGCCCUUCCUGCCGGGAGGUUCUGGCGGUGGCAAGGUGCUAG